UCUCCUCCGGUGACUGACAGCUGGCUAGGGGCCCGCCUCGCCGGUCUCCUUGCAUGGAUCGGUCGGCUGCGAGAGCCCGAGCAUCAGAGAGUGGAGUGGAAACAGGAAGAAGGAGGAAGAGGGGGAAGAAAGGAGACAGAGAGGAGAGAGAGAGAGAGAGAGAGAGAGAGGAUCGGGUGAGAGACAAGGUGGCGAAGGAGUGAAAGAGAGGAAAAGGGGAGCAGAGAGGGGCGUGUGGACCAAAGAGGACAAAGAGGAAAAAAAAAGAAAGAGCGAGCGGAGGAUGAGUGCGUCUAUUUAAAGGGAUCCGAGACUGCACGGGUCUGCCGUCUUGCUAUUCCUGACUGGCGAGCAUCAUCAAAUUUAGACCAGAGUCUGUCUCCCCCCUCUCCUCUCGGCUCUCCGCUGUAAGGCUGUUUCUUGCUCCCAGGUGUGAAGUGGAGGGCCUCCCAAACACAGACCAAGACUGGCUGCAUGUAUCACCCAGCAGAGCUGUACUCUGGCCGUAACACAUGGGACUCCUAUCCAGCUGGAGGACCUAACAGAGGACAAUGGGCUCCUGUAAACAGUCGCCCCUGGAGCCACACACAAAGAUGCCAAGAAGGGCGCAAUCAAUCGCAUCAUCCACCAUCUAGUCGUCUUUAUAAUAGGGGAGAGAGAGCAGUGAACCAUGUCCAGGACAAGAGUAUCUCUAAGGGGCACAGACAGCCGCUACGUCUUUGGGAUGGCAAAGAACGGCCGUUUGAGGCCCAGAACUGGCAUCACAACUCCACACGCUCAUUCCACAACAGAGCUGGCACCAACAACAGUUAUCUAACAGGGCCAGGAGACCGCUACGCAAACUGGGACAACAAUGUCAGCAACUCUGUGCAUGGGGGUCCUCGCCUGCAUCGCAACAACAGAGAACUCCAGUCCCCACCAGAGAGAUGGGCCCCCUCAGACUGCCGCAGGAGCUUUCCAGACAGGAUGAUAAACAACAGACCAGGACCCUGGAAGCGGCCAGUCCUCCACCAACGGCGAGACCAACUGCACCAGCACAGUCCACCUCCACAGCACCCUUUAUCCCCGAGGGAAGAGUGUCCAGCUAAGAGGAGACGGGACUCUGGCCCUGAUCAGUCAUCUCAUCCUGGAUCAAGGCACAUACCAUUACUUGCCCAUGCCCCAUCACCACCUCGCCACCACCGGUCUAACCAAGAUGACUGGAAGCCUCUGAAUGAUAGGGGGGGUCCUUGUCACUACUCUGACCACAGGACCCCAACAACACAGCAACAGGAAACCUCGAAACUGCGAGUGGGAGGACAUAGCUUCCUUAACAAUAAUCCAGCAGCUCUUAACCAGAGUUGUGGCAGCAGACCACCACAACAUGGAAGCAGAGGGAAGGUCGACCGGAAAAUCUCGUCUUCACCAGCAGACCACACACGUGUGCCUUACAGCCACCAAAACCAUCAUUACCACUAUCAGCGGCACACAGGCCACCCCAGAGCUCCGCAGCACAACCAAUCGCUACACCUUGAGGAAAAGGACUCACGGAGCUAUCACCACAAACAAAGCACAGAACCUCAGCGCACUCAUCAAAGGGUCAUUAUAAGGGAUCCAGCCACCUCUAAGUCUUCUGGUGCAGACUCACCUCCCUACUCAUCCCUCCUUUGCAGUACUAAAGAUGGAGAUUCUACUGCCAGCAGUCCCCGUUCUCCUUCCAGUCCCUCUUCCUACACGUCGGCUAUUGGUAGAAAAGAUCCAUCGAACAUUCAUCAGCCUAGUCCUGGCCUAACUGGACAGCAGAAACUCCAGGGAAGUCCAAAUCACACCCUGCGAGCUAACCAGACAUCUACCACAUCUCACGCUGGUCAAAAAUCCAGGUUUUCAGAUGUCAAAUACAGAAAGACCUCACAGCCCCUCUGCUCACGACAGUCCCCCCACAGCAGAUCAAGAGCAAACAAGCCAGAUAAGGAGUUGGAAGAACACAAAAAAUCUGAUAAGGUGGUGAAAAGGGAGAGAAAGGGUGAUGUUCAAAAGACAAACAGAAAAGGCGAAGAAAGAAAAAGGCGUAAGAAAAAAGAUGAAAAAAGGAUGGCUGAAAGAAAAAAGAAGAGGGAUAAAUCAGCAAAGAGGGAAAGAAAGGUAGGCUUGAAAAGUAAAGCCACAGAAAAAGAAUUGUUUACUUCCAUCUCUACUUCCAAUUCCUCAGGAGAUGCCAAAAUGAGUAAAAUGGAGACUACAACUCUGUCUCCCGAGAAUCAAGGCCAGUCACCAUCCAAACACAAGCACAGGGUGAGGAGUGAACGAGGAGAGAGGACACACAGGCCGUCCACAAAUACUCCUCAUCCCAGCUGCACUUCACCACAGCCAUCCUCAAAAUCUGAAAAUCACAAAAUACCCAAGAAGAACAGCAGUCUCCCAAAACCUUCUCUCAAGAAACAGCUAAUACAAUCUCUUCCCAGUAACACCAGUCCCAAGCAGAAAAGCAAGAAGUCCACCGUUGUCUCAUCCCAUUCGGAAAAAGGACGAAAAGCAAAGCCUGAUGACACACUCCCCUCCCUUUUAUUUAAAGCCUUAGAACCACUCACUACAGCCUGUUCUAUUAGCUUAGAGCAGCCUAGGCAGGGCAAAUAUGGUGGGCGGGGAGGGAUUCUUAAUGCCCCGGACCUACAGCCUGUGGCGGUGAUGGGAAACUUUCAGGAAAUGGGAGACAACCUUGCAAAUACUCCACCCGUUCUCAGUUGGCAGGGCUCUCCAGUCUCAGUUCUGGGAGAAGACGAGGAGGAGCUAGAAAAGGGAGUGAUAAGUAGACCUGUCCUCCAGCCAAGCCCCACCCAGUGCUUAUCUCCUCCUCCUGUUGACAGUGAAAGCUUUGAUGAUUUGAGUGACGAGCCUUGUGAAGGUAAACUUGCCAAUUUUUCCCCCAAUGGUACAUCUGAACUAUGUGAUCUCUCCUGUGCAACCAAACAAGAUUCUGAAGAGGACAAGAAAGAAGAGGAGGACAGCUUUGGCAAAAAUUCCGGCUCUCUUCUUUCUGAGCUUCGCCACCAUAAAACUGGUUUGGACGACGUCUUCAAGAGCCUGGCCACCUUUCUUGGAGGCCAGAGGGUCACAUGCCGAGGUGGUCCAUUUGGGGGGACUCCUGCUGGCACUGCCAGAGGAGUGAAGUACUCUUCUUCUCUUGAAUUGGGGCCUGAGAUCCAAGAGCAUCAGGAUUUCUCCCCUGAGUCAGAUCCCACACCUUCAUCAAAACCUGAUAAUCAGUCACCAUCUCGCACUACCUCAGACACACUUUCAAAAUCCCACAGUCCGGCAGAUCUGAGGGAGCCUGUAAAGGACACACCACUGAAAGAGCAGCAGGAAGAAAUUGGGCAUGAUGUAAAAGAGAAACCAGAGGGUAAGGAUACAGAGAUCCUCACUGCGAGAGAAGAGUCAUCGCUUAUGGAUGGGUCACUGAGUGCACAGCUGAGGCUGACCACAACACAUACAGCCUCCUUCACCAGCCUCAUUACUGUCUCUACCAAGGAAGAGAGAGUGAAUACCGAAGAGACACAACACAUAGGUACAGACAGAAAAAGAAAACAAAAGGCUGAGGAUGGAGGAAGAGAAGGUGAGAUCAGGAUUAAGAUAAAGACAGAAGAAAGCAGCAUAAUCUGUCCUAAAAACAAAGCAAAUGAAAUAAGUGGCAUGGAAGAAAAGGAUGUUUCAUCCUCAGUAAUCUCCAGAAACUCUCCAAGACCUCUGAAAGAUAGUACGAAGGGCCAGUUUCCUCAGGAAAAUCAAACUUCGCAUGGCAAAGACAUCCAGAGAAAAAAAGCAGACUCUGGGAACACUGAGGGAAAGAUACUAACGGAAAAGAAGGAGGACAGCGGUGAGUUAGAAAAUAUUUCCUCGGCAGCCGCAAACACAAAUACCAAGACAUCUAGCUCAGCGUCAACAGUAACAAUCAACACAUCCCAAUUAUGUGUGUCCACACCAGCAAGUAAACCUCCCAGCUCAUUAGCUCCAGUCGACCCACUGAAACUGAAAGCAUUGUCCAUGGGCUUGUCUAAGGAGCUAAAGAUCCUCUUGAUUAAAGUGGAGAGUGGUGGAAGACAAACAUUCAACAUAUCCGAGGUUGAGGAGCCGAGAAUUCCACUUUCCAAGAUUAGCAUUGAAAACAAGGCAGCUGAAGUGGUCAGAGCGUGCAAGGGGACAAGGGUGAAGGGGAAAUUCAAGGAGUCCUUCCUGCUUCCUGCCUUCUCUGUUAAACCUAGAAUUUCCAUUGACAUCCCAAUUCCUCGAGAGAAGCUCAACCCUCCGACACCAAGCAUCUAUUUGGAGAGCAAGAGGGAUGCCUUCUCUCCAGUUCUGCUCCAAUUCUGCACUGAUCCCAAAAACGCUGUCACUGUCAUCAGAGGCCUUGCUGGCUCCCUCCGCCUUAACCUUGGUUUGUUUUCCACCAAAUCCCUGGUUGAGGCCAAUGCGGAGCACGCAGUUGAAGUGAGGACUCAGGUUCAGCAGCCCGCUGAUGAGAACUGGGAUUCCAGCGGUUCAUCGCAGACGUGGCCAUGUGAAAGCAGCCGCUCCCACACCACCAUCGCCAAAUACGCCCAGUACCAAGCCUCCAGCUUCCAGGAGAGCCUGCAGGAGGAGAAGGAGAGUGAGAAUGAAGAGGAAGGAGAGGAGAGCAGCAUGUCUUCUGACCCAUCAGCCGCCUCCAAAGCCCACAGUAAAGCCGCCGCCAUCUUCAGCAAAGUCCAACCUGUUAACACAAACAGCUCAGAGCAGAAAACAGCGGGAAAGGUCAUUAAAUUUGGGACCAAUAUUGAUCUCUCCGACCCUAAAAGGUGGAAGCCUCAGCUGCAGGAGCUGCUGAAGCUGCCAGCUUUCAUGCGCGUGGAAUCCAGCAACAACAUGCUCAGUCACGUCGGUCACACCAUCCUGGGCAUGAACACCGUGCAGCUCUACAUGAAGGUGCCAGGCAGCCGCACACCAGGUCAUCAAGAGAACAACAACUUCUGCUCAGUCAACAUCAACAUCGGGCCUGGGGACUGUGAGUGGUUCGCUGUUCACGAGCACUACUGGGAGGCCAUCAACAAAUUCUGUGAGAAGCAUGGAGUGGACUACCUGACAGGGUCCUGGUGGCCGGUCCUAGAAGACCUCUACAGCUCCAACAUCCCUGUUUACCGCUUCAUUCAGAGGCCGGGAGACCUGGUGUGGAUCAAUGCGGGGACCGUACACUGGGUCCAGGCAGUGGGCUGGUGCAACAACAUCGCCUGGAACGUGGGGCCACUCAACUCGUACCAAUAUCAACUCGCCCUGGAGCGCUUCGAGUGGAACGAGGUGAAGAAGGUGAAGUCGAUCGUCCCCAUGAUUCAUGUCUCCUGGAAUGUGGCUCGCACCAUCAAGAUCAGCGACCAGGACACCUACAAGAUGAUCAAACACUGCCUGAUGCAGUCCAUCAAGCACAUCCAGAUUCUGAGGGAGCAGCUGGUGGCUGCAGGGAAGAAGAUCUGUUACCAGAGUCGCGUGAAGGACGAGCCGGCCUACUACUGUAACGAGUGUGAUGUGGAGGUGUUUAACCUGCUGUUUGUGACCAGCGAGAACAGCACUAAGAAGAGCUACGUGGUGCACUGUGAGGACUGUGCCCGAGCUAAGAGCCCGUUGCUGGCAGGAGUAGUGGUGCUAGAACAGUAUCGGACGGAGGAGCUUAUGAAAACCUACGACAGCUUCAUUCUGGCUCCGUCACCCUUUUCAAAGUGAGGACUCCUCCCGCGGCGUCUUUCAGCCAUAAACCAAAACUCUAAUGGCAGCAGCACAAAUGUUGCCUUCAAGGGGCAAUCUAUUCCCGAGACACCACUCUCCGAAGAAUCAGCCAAUCACGUUUACUCACUAUUGUUUACAUCACACAAUAAGGUAUGGAUACUACAGCAACUGUCCAACUCUAGCUCACUGUCUUCCCCAUACCAGCUGCUGAUUGGACGUGUGUUUUGAAAAAUAGAAUGACUAGACUGGUACUUCUCAUGAAAAGCAUUUCAGACAUGUACAAAAAAAAAAAAAAAAAAACAGGAAAAGGGAAAAAAAAAUGUGAGCACUGCUAGCACUGAAAAUCAGGUUAUAUGUUCAACGGACACUGCUGUGAUUCAAAAAGAGCGUCAAGUAGCCGGUUCUGUGUAUUGAUUCAGGUACUUUUAUGCAAAUUCAGUAGAACUUUUUUACACCAAUCUAGUUAUUCUAUAUGUCCAUGAAUUUGCUGUGAUUCUGUUGUACCAGCAGGGGAAUGGCUUCACAGGAGAAGUAGCUGAUUGUCACAUUUGGUAUCGUAUUUGGUUCCUUGUUUUUUCGUUUGGUAUUCAGGUAAAAACUCUGACAUUUGUAAUUCCUGUCUGUAUACUCGCGGAGGUGCUAUUCCAAUUUAUUCUCGUUAGAUACUUAAGGAAGAAAAAAAAAAGUUUUACCAGCCUAGAAGUACACCACAUUGGCCUUGCGAACUGUAUUUAGAGGAGAGCUUAAUUCGAGGAUUAAACACCCAACAAAUAGGUUUUAUGUAAGUAAAAAGAGAAGAAAAAAAAUCAAAAGCUUUUAUCAGUUUCUCUAAAAUACGGGUUUACCAGAGGACUAAUAUGGUUUCAUUCUUUGUUGGAAAUCAAGUAUGUAAAUGGAAACUUCAGCUCGAUAGUUGUUUGUGUGGUUCCUUUGAAUCGCCCUCAGAACAGACACAGUGUCGUUUUAUUUUUUAAUUUUUGGAAACGGGAGAACAAUCCCAGUUUUUAUACCUCUUUUUUUUUGUUGCUAUGUUCUCGUUUCUAGAUGACGGAUGAGAAAAUUAAAUAACUGUACAUUGUGAAUGAAUUUAUGGGAUACACAAGUGGUGUGCAUCGAUGGGCUAUACGGAGGGGGAGGUGGGGGAAGGGGAAGAGGAAGUUGGUCGCCAUUGAUGUUUGUGUCAAUGAAGUGUCUGUUAACAGUCUGAAAGAAGACCAAAGAGACACACAAUCAUAAUCUUAUGAUGCAAAAACCAAUGAGGCCGAACAGAUGAGCGGACUGAACAGAGUUCUCAUGGUGCCCCCGAACAUCUGUUUUGACGGGCCUCAGCUCCGUGCACUGCCAGGGGAGGGGAGGGGAGGGGCUUCAUUUACUGCAUUUACCGGUAUUAAAAUGUCGCGGAGCACAUGAUUUCAGACGUGACAGGAAAAGGCUCAGUCAUCAUUCUUCCUCUCUUCAAAAUAAAACCUCUCAUUUUGUUGACGUUUGGCUUUUAAAUGCUGUGUUAAAUCAACGGCAAUAUAAUUUAUACUUCUUCAAAGCAGAGCCCGGCCGAUACUAGAUUUUCGAGGAUGGUGCUGUUAUUGUAAUUUGAGAUUUUUUUGAAAGAAAUCGGAUAACCAUACAUCAAUCUACAAGUUUUUUUUGUUUUGUUUUCAAUAAAGAUCAUAGGCUGCAUCUGCAGUCUUGAUGCAGAACCCCUAAUGUAAAGGUGCCAUAUGUAAGAAUUCAUACUCAAUACAACUAGGGUGCGGCGUAUCGCUAGAAUAACUGCCAACUGCUGCAGACUGUAGCUGCUGUUAGCCAGUUAGCUCAGUUAGCUGUGCAGCUAGCAAGUCCAAACUGGGAGCUUUUGAGCCCCGCAUUAAAUACAAUCAUCACUCACUUCGCCAGAUUGUAUUCACAUGCAAUGAUUCGGUUGCAUGUCCGAGGCCUAUUUUUAUUUUAUUGUUUUGUUCAUUUAAAUGAAUGUUCAGCUAAACUAUAAGCAUUCUGAUAAAUAACGACUUCCAGAUCCUGCUCCUGCCCCCCAUCAGUCCGUGCACACCAUUCACUGUACAUACUGUAUCUGUUUUUUCAGGUUUACUAGAAGACUUAUGUAGUUUUGUUCUCAAUCAAGAAUCUAAUUUGUAUAUGGUCAAAUUUGUCCACCUCAGUCACUUGUUUUUGUUGUUGCUAUAUUAUAAUACACCCUAAAAAAAUAUUCCUGUUUCACUCUAGUUUAAAUUACUGCAAUGGGAAUGUGAUUCCCACUUUUAUACCUCUUUUUGUUGUCAGUUUCUGUUUUUUGGAUUACAGAGAAAAAUGGAAAAAUUGUAAAUUGUGACAUUAUUUAUACUGUACAUGGUUGUUUUUUUUUCUUAUAUAUUUAUUGCAUAUCAAAUGGUACUUCACUUGAUAAGGGGCUACAAGGUAUUUUAAAAAAUGUAGUAAGGUCAUAAUGUGCGGAUAGGGGAAGUGCAAUCAGAGGGCGGUUUAAUUAUCAUGGUGCUAGACCCCUCCUUGCCUCAAUGCCCCCUCAUUAACAACAUAAUGAUGUAUGAGCAGAAAGUCAGUGACACAACUCAAACCGACCGGUUGGUGCUUCGAAAAAACCAUUUCAACACAGUUGCUUGUAACAGAAAUGGAAUGAUGUCUUUGUACUGUAUCUAUCAGAUGAAUACAAGAUCUUUUAAAAAAUGUUCUUUUCCAUUGUAUGAAAUUCAUAAUCUCGUGAGGCAUUAGUGGUUUUAUGAUGAGCAUUAGCAGUAGUUGUAAUUCUUGACACUUUUGCAGAGAAUUUUAGGGAUGUGACUUUUGAUGACGUCGAGGUUUUCGGGGUUUUUUUUUUUUUUUUUGGUUUUUUUUUGGUGUGUCUUCUUGUCCUCAUUAUUCGUAUUAUUUGGCGGAUGUAAUAAUGCUCUUUUUUUUUUCUUCUUCCUCUUGACUUGUUUUUGAUUUAUGCUGCACUUAUUGUUUCAAAAAGAACUCACAUAGAAGAAAACCUGAGCCAGACCUGUCUUAAAUCCCUCUGUGAUUUUUCUGUGACAUAUUGUAUUGUUGUUCAAGAAAAUAAAAUGUUUUGAUAAAUUA